CCUCCGCCGGAGCAGGACUCUGCCAAGGCUCAGCAAGCUCCCGCAUCGAGAUUCUCCCUCGUCCCUCUCACCCAGCUCCCGCGGAGAAGCGAGAAGCCUGCACCGCCGUCGUGGGCUGAGGACCGCCGGGGGGACAGCCGGGAUUCGACCCCUCCGUCCCCGGAGCGUUUUUCCGCAAGCCAAGCCCCACUCACCAGGUGGCCAUGGCCUCACUGCCGACUCAGGAACCCCCGGUCCCUGACUUAUUUUCUGGGCUGCCACCGGCGGCCUCAACUCCUGCCAAUCAGAGCAUAGAGGCCUCGGCGGUCAAUGGGUCUGCGGCUGACCCAGGCGCUCAGGCCAUCACGCCCUUCCAAAGCCUGCAGCUGGUGCAUCAGCUGAAGGGGCUGAUCGUGCUGCUCUACAGCAUCGUGGUGGUUGUAGGGCUGGUGGGCAACUGCCUGCUGGUGCUGGUGAUUGCGCGGGUGCGUCGGCUGCACAACGUGACCAACUUCCUCAUCGGCAACCUGGCCUUGUCCGACGUGCUCAUGUGCACCGCCUGCGUGCCGCUCACGCUGGCGUACGCUUUCGAGCCCCGCGGCUGGGUGUUUGGCGGCGGCCUGUGCCACCUGGUCUUCUUCCUGCAGCCUGUCACCGUCUACGUGUCCGUGUUCACGCUCACCACCAUCGCGGUGGACCGCUACGUCGUGCUGGCGCACCCGCUGCGGCGGCGCGUCUCACUGCGCCUCAGCGCCUGCGCAGUGCUGGCCAUCUGGGCGCUGUCCGCGGUGCUGGCGCUGCCGGCCGCCGUGCACACGUACCACGUCGAGCUCAAGAUGCACGGGGUGCGCCUCUGCGAGGAAUUCUGGGGGUCUCAGGAGCUCCAGCGCCAGCUCUAUGCUUGGGGGCUGCUGCUCGUCACCUACCUGCUCCCCCUGCUGGUCAUCCUCCUGUCUUACGUCCGGGUGUCGGUGAAGCUACGGAACCGCGUGGUACCGGGCUGCGUGACCCAGAGUCAGGCCGACUGGGACCGCGCGCGCCGCCGCCGCACCUUCUGUCUGCUGGUGGUGGUCGUGGUGGUGUUCGCCGUCUGCUGGCUGCCGCUGCACGUCUUCAACCUGUUGCGGGACCUCGACCCGCACGCCAUCGACCCCUACGCCUUCGGGUUAGUGCAGCUGCUCUGCCACUGGCUCGCCAUGAGCUCGGCGUGCUAUAACCCCUUCAUUUAUGCCUGGCUGCACGACAACUUCCGUGAGGAGCUGCGCAAGCUCUUGCUUGCCUGGCCACGCAAGAUCGCACCGCACGGCCAGACCAUGACAGUCAGCGUGGUCAUCUGAGGGCCCUACGUCAGGGCUUGG